UGGCUGCCCCCAGGUCCUCCGACUGUCGGCGCCUAGCGAAUGCUUCGAGGUAUUUCUGGUGGUCUCCCAGUAUCCACGCCGGACAAUAAGUUUCUUAGGUCCGCAGUCCUGGUGUCUUGUCGGGCCGCAGGGCUCGGGCUCUGAGGAGAAUGGAACCUUCUUUGGAUAUGUGGGACUUCUCAUCUUUAAUAUCAUUAUGGAUAAACAGGUUUUACAUAUAUUUGGGCUUUGCCUUUGGCUUUAGCCUUUGGAUUUGUUUCCAGAUUGUCAUCAGAAAGCAGAACAAAAACUCACAGGAGAAAACCGUUCCAAAAGCAUCUCGGGAUUUGAUGACAAAUGGCUGUAUCUCUCUUCAAAAGAAGGAAGUCUUUGUGUCUGGAGUGAAGAUUUUCUAUGGUUCUCAGACUGGCACAGCAAAGGGAUUUGCGACAGUUCUUGCCGAAGCAGUUAGCUCCCUUGAUCUGCCUGUGGCGGUUAUUAAUCUAAAGGAAUAUGACCCAGAUGACCAUCUAGUAGAAGAGGUUACCAGUAAAAAUGUCUGUGCCUUCCUGGUUGCUACCUACACUGACGGUCGGCCGACUGAGAGCGCAGAGUGGUUCUGCAGGUGGCUAGAGGAAGCGGCCAGUGACUUUCGCUUUGGCAAAACGUACCUGAAGGGUGUGAGAUACGUGGUGUUUGGUCUGGGAAAUUCUGCAUAUGUGAGCCACUUCAACAAGGUGGGGAAGAACGUGGACAAGUGGCUCUGGCUGCUCGGCGCCCAUCGCGUGAUGGCCCGAGGGGAGGGUGACUGCAACGUGGUUAAAAGCAAACACGGCAGCAUCGAGGCCGACUUCACAGCAUGGAAGGCUAGGUUCAUUUCCCGGCUACAGGCGCUCCGUAAAGGAGAGAGCAAGCCCUGUGGUGGCAACUGCAAGAAAGGCAAGUGCGAGUCUAAUCAGCACGGCUCAGAGGCAAUGGAGCCGGAGUCUCACGCUCAAGAUGGAUUUCAUCAGAGAGACGCUGAGCAGGAAGAGCCCUUUGGGAGCACCAGUGAGGAAGAGUCUGGUACUGAGGACCAUCAGAGUCUAAAAUCUGUCAUUGAUGUUGAAGACCUCGGCAAGAUUAUGGAUCGUAUGAAGAAAGAAAAGAGAGAAAAGGAGCGGCAGGAAGGGGCAACUAGUUUGAUCAGGAGCACAGUGAAGAAUGAAGCCGGUGAAAGAAGAGCUAUGAUAACUCCUGCUCUCCGGGAAGCCCUUACUAAACAAGGUUAUCAGUUGAUUGGGAGCCACUCUGGGGUGAAGCUUUGCAGGUGGACAAAGUCCAUGCUCCGAGGGAGAGGAGGUUGCUAUAAACAUACGUUCUAUGGCAUUGAAAGCCAUCGUUGCAUGGAAACUACCCCGAGCUUGGCAUGUGCAAAUAAAUGUGUCUUCUGUUGGCGGCACCACACCAAUCCAGUGGGUACUGAAUGGCGGUGGAAGAUGGACCAGGCUGAAAUGAUCUUAAAGGAAGCCAUUGAAAACCAUCAGAACAUGAUGAAGCAGUUUAGAGGAGUACCAGGUGUCAGAGAGGAACGCUUUGAGGAAGGAAUGACAGUAAAGCACUGUGCAUUAUCCCUUGUGGGAGAGCCCAUCAUGUACCCAGAAAUCAACAGGUUUUUGAAGCUACUCCACGAGUGUAAAAUCUCCAGUUUCCUGGUCACAAAUGCACAGUUCCCUGCGGAAAUCAGGAGCCUCAAACCAGUUACCCAGCUAUACGUCAGUGUGGACGCCAGCACCAAAGAGAGCCUGAAGAAAAUUGACCGCCCGCUCUUCAAGGAUUUCUGGCAAAGAUUCCUCGACAGUUUAAAAGCCUUGGCUGCAAAGCAACAACGUACUGUCUAUAGGCUGACUCUAGUGAAAGCAUGGAACGUGGAUGAGCUCCAGGCCUAUGCCCAGCUGGUGUCCCUGGGGAACCCUGACUUCAUCGAGGUGAAGGGUGUUACCUACUGUGGAGAGAGUUCUGCAAGCAGUCUUACCAUGGCCAACGUGCCCUGGCACGAAGAAGUGGUGCGCUUUGUCUGUGAGUUGGUGGAUCUGAUCCCCGACUAUGAAAUUGCUUGUGAACACGAACAUUCCAACUGCCUCCUGAUAGCUCACAAGAAGUUUAAGAUUGGCAGAGAAUGGUGGACGUGGAUUGAUUACAGCCGCUUCCAGGAGCUCAUCCAGGAAUAUGAAGACAGUGGUGGAUCCAAAACUUUCAGUGCCAAGGAUUACAUGGCCAAAACUCCUCACUGGGCGUUAUUUGGUGCCAACGAAAGAGGCUUUGAUCCCAAGGACACAAGAUAUCAGAGAAAGAACAAAUCAAAGGAUAUUUCUGGAUGUUGAGAUUAUCUGAAUUUAGGAUACCGAAGGACACAAACUGAUUGCCCAAGAAGGGUCUCAGACUCCACUGUGAUUUUUCCAAGGACAAAUUGCACAAAGUAUAUUUCACGUAGAGAAGGGUGUAAGGGGACGCAAGUCACAUCCUGAGGCUCGGGAGACAGCAGCCACGCUCUGAGUGCCUGGGACUCAGCCUCACCGUCUCUUCCCAGAACUCAGUCCCUUUUCUGAGUUUACUUCUGAAAGGAAAUCAUUUUGAGGGGGAAGUACACAAUCUUUAUUAGUUUUGAAUUAUAAUUAGGAAGACUGCCUAGAAUGCCAACCAUGGGAGUAUCGUGCAGAGUGAAUUUCUGUUCCUCUUCCCCCGUCAUGGGCUGUUGGCCUUUGUCAGUUGUACUACCCUGAGGUCAGUGUAUCUGCUUCCUCUAAGAUCUCCAUCCCUUUCUUACAUCUUAAGAUAACAUUUCCUGAAAGUAAUUUGUCAUAAUUCUCAAUUAUUUUAAGUACUACGUAGAUUUCUUUAAAUGUUCAUUUAGUACCAACUCUUAAGAAACUGAUUUGGAUCUAAAACUGUACUAGAUCUCAUUCUAUUCCCAUACAGAUUGCCAUAGAAAGUAGUAUGUGAGCUGGAUUAGAGUAAAGUCUCUCUUCUUCUGUAAGAGGAAUUGUCAUAUGAUGUCACUGAAUAAUUAGUCUCACAAAUUAGU